CCCAAAGGGUUGUUCUCUUCUGUAAAUGAACACUUGGUUUGAAUUUUUUUUACAGUAGUUUCAAUGAUGAUACUGUUACCAGUGUAAUUGAGGAGAAACGUCUUUAUCCUGGUUUACGAAUGAAAAUUUGGGUGUUUUUUGGGUAGCGAUUUCAAUGAUGAUGGCUUGAUGGUCUAGCAGAGCAGGAAUUGGAUUUUAUAUUAUUAUCUUGCCUAAAUCGUUCUGAAGACUACAUUUCAUUAUCCUUUUGAAAGUAGCUUAUCUAAUUUCAAAAGGAUAAAUCUUUAUUGCGAUUCAAAUCAAAUUCAAACAGCAGAAUCCUCUAAUAAAGAAGACUAACAACCAAACGUGUUUUGGUUCCGAUUAUAUUCCCUAAGCACAUACAGAUUUUCAUCAAUUACAUAAUAAAAAGAUUAGUGUGCCUCAAAGAUCACAGUGAAAUCCAAAAUCAGUCCUUGCUUUCCUCUGGUUUUGGAUAGGUCAUGCUUCUGGUAUCAGUAGUCAAUGCUUCCAGUGGUAUUAACACUGAUUCAGCGCAAUGAAGAAUCCAUAAUGUUGGAACUGUAUCAACCAAGACUUCCUGACGAAGAGUUCUUUCCAAGCCAAUUGCCCAUGCCACGGUCACGGUGUUGCUGAACACACUGAUGAAACACUUCUUGCAAAAGGCCUUUUAGAUUCCUUUGUAAACAUAUCCAGAAAACCUCGGUUGUUCCAUCUAGUCAACUGAAGAUUUUUUAGGAAGAUUUCACCUCAUCCCAUCCGAUUGCAUCUUAAACACGUCCAAUGCCUCUUCUGCUCACAUGCUCUUGUCCUGGUGAUGGAGUGGCCGAAUAUUAUCAGCAGCAAGACGUGAUGCUUGACGGUUUUACAGAAAUGGAUGCUGUUUCUGAGCGUGGAUAUCUGCUUGGCAUGUCUGAGGAAGACUGUCAGAAGGUUGCAAGAAGUGAGAGGACUGCAAUUCGCAUUUCCAACUUGGCAAAUGUUGUACUUUUUGCUCUAAAAAUAUAUGCAACAAUAAGUAGUCGUUCAUUGGCCAUACUUGCUUCAACCCUAGACUCACUUUUGGAUCUUCUAUCCGGAUUUAUUCUCUGGUUCACCACAUUUAAGAUGCGGACACCAAAUCCCUAUCUCUAUCCAAUUGGGAAAAAGCGCAUGCAGCCAUUGGGAAUUCUGGUUUUUGCUUCAGUUAUGGCUACAUUGGGGGUGCCGAUCAUGGCCGAAGCUUUUAAACAGCUUGCUUUAGGGAAGCGAGGAUUAUCAUCAGACGAAUACGAGUGGCACUGGAUUGUUGGAAUUAUGGUUUCAGUCACUCUUGUGAAGUUGUUCCUUGCAAUCUAUUGCCGGACUUUUACAAAUGAGAUUGUAAAGGCGUUUGCCAAAGAUCAUUUCUUUGAUGUUAUAACCAAUUCAAUUGGUCUCCUCGCUGCAGUUCUUGCAAGGAAAUUUCAGUGGUGGAUGGAUCCAGCUGGAGCAAUAGUUCUAGCACUCUAUACAAUCAAGACAUGGUCGAACACAGUUCUGGAAAACGUGAACUCCUUGGUGGGAAAAACAGCUUCACCUGAUUAUUUGCAGAAAUUGACAUAUCUCUGUUGGAAUCAUCACAAAGCCAUACAGCAUAUUGAUACAGUCAGAGCAUACACAUUUGGCUCGCAUUACUUUGUUGAAGUUGACAUUGUGCUACCCAGUGAUAUGUCCUUGCAAAUGGCUCAUGACAUUGGAGAAGCGCUUCAAGAAAAAUUGGAAUCUCUUUCUGACAUAGAACGGGCUUUUGUGCAUAUAGACUAUGAAUAUACUCACAGACCUGAGCAUAGAAACAAGCAUUCCUAGUUGUUUAGGAUGGGUUAUAUAUUUAUUCCAAUUGUUUCCUUCUUGCAUGGAAACCAAUUAUUGCCGCCAGAAUCCCUCUUCCCAUGUGAUAUGUAGUUACUAUCAAUGCUUAGUAAUUUGUAGCUCCUGCGCCUAUUUUUAAUGGCGCAGUUUCUGUUUCUAAUUAUUUGCACAGUUGGCAAAAAUCAUUGAAGAACCUGUGGUUAAGGCACAAGCUCCAAAUUAUGUUCUUU